UGAAGCAAUAAAGCGUUCGUGUGUAUGAAAUAGAAAUAUGACUCACAAAAUAUGCAUACAUUUGGUUUUGUUGUGUGCAAUGGUAUUCAUACAUGUUGUGAGCGGUAGAAACACAAUGCUGAAAGAUGCUUUAGACUACGAAUAUGAAUCUCGUGACGCUGAGGACGAUCAUACGAGAGUAGAAAAAUCCAUCCCUGUUGAUUAUUACUAUAAUGGUGGAUACACAAGUGAUAUACCGAACAUUGGAUCAACCACACCGAGCGACUCCUAUACCACCGAUGGACAAAGUACCGAACAAUCUGUCACCAAUAAUCCUACCAUUCAGAACGGGUCACCAACAACGAGUAGCUCUAUUGUUCUGGACGGACAGACAACGAUUGCAAACACUGAGGCUUCGAUUUCCUUAAAGACGCUACACGUGUCCGAGCCAGAAACCGUUUCAAGUAAUCCGGGUAUGUAUUCAGAGCGUGACGUUGCUAAAGCCCUCUACAGCAACCUUCUUAAAGACUACGACGUGAGAGCGCGGCCCAUUCAGAACCAGUCCAAACCGAUUUACGUGAACACGAAAUUCGUACCGAUCAGCAUCAUUGAGUUUGACAUGUCCGAGCAAACGUUCGCCGUCCUUGGGUACUUCCGGGUGCGCUGGAUUGACGAGACGAUGGUCUGGAAGCCAAAGUACUGGAACUACAUCAACACGGUGAAAGUUUCCACACAUGCCCUAUGGAAACCGAACAUACUCCUACAUAAGUAUUUGAUGACACGAUUUCAAGCCACUGACGGUCAAGGAGAAAUAGGAGCCAGCGAGACGGAUAUAUUGGUCGUUAACUGGAACGGCAACGUACAAUGGGUACCGGAAGGCAUAUACACAGUCGUCUGCAACGUGGACAUCCGUAACUUUCCGUUCGACAAGCAGACUUGCGUAUUUACUUACUACGUAGCGGAUGAGAGCACGUCCACUGUGGCGUUAGAUCACUACCUUACCGUAGACAUGAGCGAAUACACCGAGAACGCAGCCUGGAUCUUAACCAGCGUUUCUAGGAAACGGGUGGUGCGGAACAGCAACUACUACGUGGACAUAGAAUUCCGAUUGCAGCGCCGCGCAAACUUUGCACUGUUCACGCUGAUCGCUCCACUUAUGGCGCUAGCCUUUCUGAACAUUUCGUUGUUUCUAGUUCCAGUGGAGUCUGGCGAGAAAGGGUCGUUUUUGAUGACAAUAUUUCUUUCUUACGGCGUGUUCAUUACGAUUAUCAGCGACACUCUGCCCAACAACUCCGCUCAGACGUCGGUGUUCGUCGUCCUCAUUGAGACCCUCCUCUGCCUCAGCGUCCUUUCCGUAGUCUACACGGUUAUCCAGGCACGGGUUGCGUCCUCUAUCGGCCACAAGCGAUGUCCUAUCCAAUGUCUGAUAACGCUCAAGAAUCGCAACCAGGUCGCGCCAAUCGAAAAUGGUGGAAUGCCCCCUAAGGUCAGCCCUGUCUACACGUGGGGAAUGUUUCUGAAGCAACUCGAUAGUGUCUUGUUCUUCGUGUUUCUUGUCGCUGUCACGAUGAUCAUAGGGAUUUUCUUCGCGAUUCUUCUUCGGCACGUCAACGUGGCAGAUUACCAUGAUGAUAGCGAACCACCGACAACGACACGCGUGUUUCCCAUCCCGACAACGGCGAGUGGAUAAGAACCAUCACGAACCCAUCAUGCUUUUUCCCCUUAUCCAUAGACACCGUGAAUCCACGAUUCGCAAAAAUGCAAAAUACAUACAUGGAUUCGUUGCUGAAUCGUGACCAGACCGUGAGGUC